AUGCUAAAGAAUUUUUCAACAAUCAUCAAUCGACUUACACAUCAAGUAAGAGGAAGAAAUUCAUGUCGAACAAUAACUUCAAGUUUCUUUGGUGACACUGCAGUAGGACCUUUAUAUGAACCACCAUACUUAGAAGCAAUGAAACCACCAUAUCCUAGUUAUGAUGUUGUAAACUUUAGAAUCACUGGAUACGAUUUCCCAAUUCUUGAAAGUUAUCAACGUUUUGUUCAUAAAAUUGCUGAACAACUUGAUCUUGAUGUAUCCGAUUGUUGGGCACAUCCUCCAAAGAAAGAACAAAUUGUACGUUACAGACCAUCUAGCACAGUGGUAGAUGCUCAAUAUGAUCUUACAACCUACGAACGUUACGUACAAAUUUCUGACCUUCAAGCGCCAAUUUAUCCGAUUUUCCUUCGAUUCAUUCAAAGCGGACUUCCGGAAGGUGUUACACUGUCGGUCGUUCAUCAAACUGACAUCAUCGAAGAAAGUCGCUAUGUUCCCGAUAAAGAUCUCAUCGAAUUAAAAGCACAACUCGAUGCUGCUGGUGGUCCAAUUUUAAGCAGAAGAAGAUAA